AUUAUCCAUCACACAAUCUUGGAUCUUGAAUAUUACUUAACAAACAUGGCCGUGAAAGACCACAAGGAUACCGUACCCUAUUUGCCUCCAUUCAGAUGUGAGACAUUCACUUGAAAAUCCAUGAGUCGUGAAGUGCAGGUCUCUACCUACCGGCCUUCUUAGGAUUCAAUGAACUACCCAGGUGUUUCAAUCACUUUGAGGUGUCUAAUGAAUCCAUUCAUACUACCGACCUACACCCAUACUAUCAUGCUACAUAGUACAUACUCUCCUAGUAUGCCUCGUUCAUAAAUACAACGAUCGGUGGCAAGCUCAUGUACCCAGGUAUUUAUUCUUCCUCCACCAGUGAUCCUUUCAAAUUCCAAUCUCCAGAUCCAAUCUCCAGAUCCAUCUGCAAAUAUUCGUUCCAUUGACUUUCAUUCAUCUCCCACACAGUAGCUCCUGUAUAACCGCAUCUUUAUUCUCCUUUGGAAGGCUCAAUCAUCACUAGUUCAUUUUGGGGAAACCCUACUCUCAUUGUUUACUUUACCCUUUCAACUGCCUUUGCCUUGCAUUAAGAACCUUGAAAAGAAAAGUUAUCUUAAUGGCAUUGAUUAAUGGGCCAAGUCACUACUAGGUAAUUACAACUAACACCCGAGUUAGUUGGGACCAGACUAGUUACGACCAGACUCAGUCAGCUCCGCAUCAAAUCCCAAUCCCAAAAGCGCUGCCUCCUCGCACUGCAGUUUCUCUUUCAUUUGAUAUUGUUGUUCAUAUUUCCACCAUAUUCUACAAUUAAUAUUAACUGAGUGAAUUCACCUCGGAACCUUUCGACCUUUCACCGGCAUCAACCUCUUAAACCCUCCAUUGUGCAAGUCCUUUUCCAAUUAUCAACAACAGCACUCUUUGCAGCCUCACGAUUACUGUUUUGUUUGUGCUUCUUCAAAACUACAACAUAACACGAUAAUGUCAAGUUAAAUGAACAUUUAAGGGAUAUUUACAACACCUGAAAAAGAAUAUUCGGAGUCACAUACGAUACCUAAUCAACUGUCUUCUUCAAAGCGUCGUCAUAGAUUUGGAGCUUGCCCUUCGAAUUUCGAUCCCAGGUCAGUGCGGGGUCGAUAAGAUAAAUGGAUAAUACUAUGGAGGACGACGAUAUUGAUAUGCCAUAUGCGCCGCCUCUGCAAAAUGCGAGUACCUCUCGCUGUCCAAAUAACGAUGCUUCGCGGGGUGGAAUGCAACCGCCCAGUACCCGGUAUCCACCGCUUAUGAAUCCUUGGGCAGGCUACCAAGGAGGCUAUAACAUGACCUCUACCAUGUACGGCACUUCAAAUUAUCCCGCAAGCCCGUAUGGUAGUGCAGCUUCAAACUAUGCCAGUCCAAGUUAUGGCUCCCAUUGGUCUCAGAAUUCGCGUGCUCAGGGAAUUCCAUAUCACGAUUUUACAGACUUUCAACAUCAAGGUUCAGAGCCAUCUCUUAGCAGAUCCUUCCCUACAUUACCUCCUAUGUCAGGCCCUCCCGAGUACAACUCUUGGACGGGACCUUGGCCUCAUAAUUCUCGAGCUAUGCCAAUGUUCGCCAAUGAAAAUUCUAUAGCGGACAACAAUAAUACCCCUCAAAGACUGGGGAAUGAUAGCGUUCCAGGCGCUUCACAGGAACAAGUUCAACAACGAAGACGGGAGCGGGAACGAGAGCUACGACAUCGAUAUGCCCGCCCAGGUACUAAUUCGGAAGCCUUUGGGCCUGCGUCUUCACACCUUCCUAAUUCUAUCGGCAACUCCGAAUGGGAUCGAUCAAGUGCUAGGUCGGGACGUCGUCUGGCUGAUGCUCAACGAAGAGCAGCGUUAGGCCGUGCUAGUCGUCCCGGUAGAGAUUCGGAUACAGACGAAGAAGAAUGGGGAGAAAGUGACGAAGAUGAUGAUGUCAUGGAAGGAUUCGCAACUGCUGAAAUGCAGUUGUUAGGUACCACCGCCUUUGCUUCUGCUUUACGCAGUCGUGGCGUUAGCUUAAGUCGUGCUCUUGAUCUGGGAGUCGAUGGCAAAGGAACGCCAUCCAAAAAGUUUUUGUCUUCACUCCAGAAAAUGAAUGUUGAUGCUCUGACGCAAGAAGAACGCAAUUGUUCGAUUUGCUACGAAGAAAUCGGCGUGGCGAAUCCUGAAGGCGUGAUUGAACAGCCGUUACGGAUGCCCAAGUGUAAACAUAUAUUUGGAGAUGUCUGUCUCAAGACAUGGUUCAAGGAAAACGACAGCUGUCCGUACUGCAGGGAUAAAGUUCCCACACACUCCACAAGGAAGGUGAUUGAGCAGCUGGUACGGCAGCAAAUGCGAAGUCGCCAUAACAUAAAUGCCCGUUCCGCUGAAGCCGGCCUUAUAAAUUCAGGCGCAAUUGAUCCACAGGACUAUCAUACACCAGUCUGGUCAGCGAGUGACAUUGCGGAAAGCCGACGUCGCGUUGCCCGAGGAAGAAUGGCAGGAUUUGGGACAGCACCAGCACCUCCAGGAAGGCGUCCUAGUUUAAUGAAUUCCAACAGACUCUACACUCCCACUUCACAACUGCAAAAUGAAGUCAAUCCCUUUCAAACACAUUCACGGCAUAAUUCGAAUUCAGAAGGAGUCUCACCCGGAACAAUGGGCGCAUCGAUCACGAAUAAUGGACACAGGCAGCCCGCACCGCUCACAGCUAACUCGCUGGGACACUCGGCAAAUUCGACGGGUUAUAUGUUUCCAACAAACUUGUCCCCGGGAUCUUCUGCAGCGUCAAAUACUUUUAUGCCUCCACCCGCAUCCUCUUAUUCCCAACACAGACCGAGUGGAUUCGGAUCUAUGGCGACUCCGGCAUUUGAUUCAACUGAAAGCGUGAACCCUGGUCAACAUCACAACUAUCAAUCUCCAGUCUACCAACAAGAAGAUUCUGUUGCCUUUCAAAACCAGCAGCUGGCUCGCAGUUUUGGAUUUCAAACCCAACAACAAGCUCAGCAGUAUCAGCAGAAUCACCAAGCUGAGCAACAACCUCAACAGCACCAGCAAACUCGGCAACGGGAACACGAGCAGCAGAGACAGAGAGGAGGUAGAGAUGCUGAGCUGUAUCCCCCUCCAAAUGGAGACAUGGGAGACUUUUGAAGAACACAUCGGCCAGAAACAAAAAUCUAUGGACAAAUCUCAAAAUUGCAAGUAUAACUCAGCCUCUCUUUGAACUCUUUCCGUCGACUUUGCUUUUCCAUCUUUUCAACACUCAUGCACACAUAAGAGUCAUUUGGGCUAUUUGGACCGGCAGGCAAGUAGUACUGGCGUGGAUAGGAGUUUCAGGUUCGUAUACCAAUUUUGAAUGGGGAAACUACAUGUGUGUUAGUGGCUCUAAGAAUCCUCUCUCCAGUCUCCCAAAGGAUUGGUUGAGAUGGUAGCGAUGGUGAUGACGGUGGUGGUGGAUGUUGGCACUGAUCAUCAUCUUUCUGGUCAGCCCAGCGUUAAAUAAACAUACAUAAUUAGCAAAUAGAAAACAUUUGGAUAAAACAUUUGUGGUUGUACUCUUCGUAUCAACCAAGCAAAUUUGUGAAUGGCCGCUUUGACUUUCAAAAUUUUCGAUAGGCAUA